UUUCCGGCGGAGCGCGGGGAGGCGGCACCGGGCCCGGAGAGCAUGGCCGGAGCCUGGGCAGGCCGCGGGCUGCGGGCCGGGAGCCGGUACAUCUCCACACCAGCUUUCUCUCGGCUGACACCUGAUGAGGUGGUUCGGAUGCGUAAUGAGCUCUUCACCAAAGAGAAGGAGAGACAAUUGUCUCUUCACCCACGGAUUGAGAAAAUUGAAGUAAAAUACACUGGGAAGUUGCACUCUGGCAGUGUGUUUGUCAUGAACAAGGCUCUGUCUACGCCAUACAAUUGUGCCAUGCAUUUAAGUGAAUGGCAUUGCAAGAACUCUGUUCUGGCUUUAGUGGAUGGUGAAAUCUGGGACAUGUACAGACCCCUGACCAAAUCAUGUGAAAUUCAGUUCCUUACCUUCAAAGAUGAAGAUCCAGAGGAAGUAAACAAGGCGUAUUGGCGUUCCUGUGCCAUGAUCAUGGCGUGUGUGCUAAAGCGAGCGUUCAAGGAUGAAUACUCAGUCAGCCUAGUUAAAGCUCCAGAAGUGCCAGUGAUCUCUGGAGCUUUCUGUUAUGAUGUAGUUUUGGACAAUAAACUGAAUGACUGGAAACCAACAAAGGACAAUUUCUCUUCUCUUACAAGGGAUGCCAAAAAGCUAAUCCAUCAAGACCUGCCCUUUGAAACACUGCAUGUUGAAGCAAAAGUAGCACAUGAAAUGUUUCAGCAUAAUAAAUACAAAAUGGAGAUGAUAGAAAGAAAAGCUUCUCAGAAUAUGGAAGGAAUUGUACCGUUACAUAGGUUUGGUGACUUUGUAGAUGUUAGUGAAGGUCCUCAUAUUCCAAGGACAAGUUUCUGUUUCCAGUAUGAGAUAACAGCAGCCCAUAAUCUUCGGACUGACCAGUCUGAAUUGAUAAGGAGAUUCCAGGGUGUAUCCUUGCCAGUCCGUUUGAAGGCUCACCACACUGUGUGGCACAAACUGCUGGAAAGAUCAAAGAAGCUGGUCACUGAAGAAGAAUAUUUGGAAGCAGCAGCACAAUGUCCUGAGGCAAAAGAUGUAACUGAAGAAGAAAAAAGUGUAUCAAUUUAAAUUAAGUUGAACCUCUAAAUGUACAUAAUAAAAUGUGUAUUUUUACAUGA